GUUUGUGUUUAUGUGUAUGGGGGUCUGGGCCUGGACUUCAGCUACAGUAUUGCCGUGUCAGAGGAGCUGGGCUACAUCCGCUGUGGACGCAUCCUCAUGGGAGUCCAGACUGACAUGGCAACACCUUCCCUGGCCAGGUAAGGUAUAUACUGCAUCCAUCUGGCCCAUAGCUAUGCUGUUUUCAUUAUGAGCCAAUCAAGAAUGUUUAUUUGAAUCUCUAUGGUAAUUAGCCUCUGUUUAUUACACACACACACACACACACACACACACAAACAUUUAUAAAGUCAAGCAUUUGUGAAGAGACAAUUACAGACAACCAACUCAUCUGAGUUUCAACAUGCAACACCAACGAUCCAAAACUAAGGCUCAGUGACUUCUAGAAGUAUUCUAAUAGAUACAUAUAUCAUGUUGUUAAUGAUGAGUCAAUCAGCUGUAUGUAGGCUAUUCAUUGUACAUAGCAAAAUAAGCUUAAAGGGAUAGUGUGAGAUUUUUGGCAAUUAAGCCCGUUUUCUACUAAGAUAAACUAUUGAAUUCCAUUUGUAUGUCUCCACCUGCAGUUUGAAAGAAGUUGAAGGUAGUUUCCGAGCUAGUGCGUUAGAGCAAUGACUGGAAGUCUACCAGAACAGUUACUCGAACAGCUCUUCAACACCAUUGUCUCUGUGUGUUGUGGGACUGUAGGUUUGGCUCUGCAGAGCUGAAGAAGGAGUUUCUGCUGCCCUCCAUAAUGGGAGACAAAAUGAACUGUCUGGGAGUGAGUGAAGUGGGAACUGGUUCCGAUGUUGCUAGUACUUUAUUUAGCAUCACACUAGUAUUUUAUUAUGGCCUGACUUCCGCUCCCUCUAAAGCAGAUUCUCAGUAA